AUGGAGCCAACAGUACCUAACAGCGUACCUAAACUUCCACCAUUCACAAAUACAUUAACAAAACACAAACUAGAAGCUGAAACGAUGUCAAAAUUGAAUGCAGACGGUGAUUAUGAUAUUUGCUAUCCAGGCCGACCAAUCCCACAUCGAAUAGACUCUAGAUCACAUCAAUACUGUGGCGGACGCAUACCAAUGGACAAACCUUGUAUUACCUGUAAUAAAUCAAAUGUAUUGACAAUGCAACUCUUAAAAGCUGACCAAGCACCGGAAAAACCUGGAUUUGAUUCCUUUGAGAUAAACCCAUCGAAUAUUAUAGCACAGGAAGAGUCUCAAGAUUAUAGAAGUUUUGAUAAAGAUAAUACUUUUUCUGUGACACCAACACUACUCCUAGAUGACGAGGAUAUUUAG